AGAAAGAAGUUACCUGAUAUUGGGAUUGAAAUGGCAAGGUUUCAAUCUUUUUCUUUAGCCUUUUUGGUCUGUGUGAUUGUGUCUAAUCAUAUUGUUGUUGAUGCAAAUAUUUCAAAGAACAUGGUCAUAAGCUGGGGAAAUAGUCAGUCCAAAAUACUAGGGGAUAGCCUUCAGCUUGUUUUGGACAACAGUACAGGCUCAGGAGCAAAGUCGAAGAGAAGUUUCUUAUUUGGAAGCUUUGAAGCUCUCAUCAAGUUGGUUCCGGGAAAUUCUGCGGGCGUAGUAACGGCAUAUUAUCUGUCUUCUACAGGUACAGCUCAUGAUGAGAUAGACUAUGAGUUCUUGGGGAAUGUUUCAGGACAGCCUUACACCAUUCAUACAAACAUAUUCACUCAGGGUGUUGGAAACAGAGAACAGCAGUUUCGAGUGUGGUUUGACCCUACUACUGGUUUCCACAACUACACAAUUCACUGGAAUCCUAAUGCUGUUGUGUGGUAUAUUGAUGGUACCCCAAUCAGAGUUUUCCGCAACUACGAGAAGCAAGGAAUAGCGUUCCCUAACAAGCAAGGUAUGAGAGUAUAUACCAGUUUGUGGAAUGCAGAUGAUUGGGCAACACAAGGAGGUCGUGUGAAAACAAACUGGGCCAACGCACCAUUCACUGCUAGCAUGCGCCAAUUUAGGCCAAGAGCUUGUUACUGGAAUGGAGUGCCCAGCAUUGCCCAAUGUGCCACCAAGUCCCCAGAACAUUGGUGGAAUUCUCCCGUUUAUGCACAGCUAAGUGCUCCUCAGUUGGCCAAGCUUAAUGAAAUCCAAAGAAAAUACAAGAUAUAUGAUUACUGCAAAGACGCUGAACGGUUCAAUGGGCAAAUGCCACCGGAAUGUUAUAGAACACAGUAUUAAGAUAACGAUAAGUAAAUUCUACCAACAAUAACAAUAUUGCAAUCGCCUGUAUUUGAAAAUUGUUAAUUUUUCUUCUUUUGGAGAACAUUUCUCCUUUUCUUGCUCGGUUUCUGUUUGUGAGCCCAUUGCUUUUUGGAUUGUUCUGAUAUAAGUGUUCACUAUGUUCUAAAAUGAUUUACAUGUUUCAUAUAAAGCUUGCUUUUCCAUUGCUUUAUCUGUGUAAGCCUUGUAACUAAGGAGCUCUACAGAGUAUAAGCGCACAAAGUAUUCUAGGAUAAAGGAAACAAGUCAUGCAGAUAAGUCAAGAGAGACAAAGAAAUGUUAACUUUUUUACUUUGUAGAAAGACCUGAAAUUGAAAACAGGACCCCUAACAGAUUUACCCCAAAAAUAACAAAUGCAUUCUUUUUAGCUGUAGGAUACCUGAAAUUGAGGUCAAACCAAAUUAACUUUAAGAAAGACAUUAUGCCUCGAGUAGUUGAGGAAGAGAAAUAGCCAAAAGGUCAACUAUCUUUGAUUCAGAAUUUGUCCAUGGUUCUCUGGAGACCACCACAUUGUGGCAGACUAUUUUACAACGUUGGAGAUGCUAGUGAGAAACUGGCUGCAAAAACACUUUAAAAAAAUCUAGCGGUUAUUGUAGCGACCUCAUUGAGUAAUGUUUGCGUUACUCCUGAAACCGUUCAAGACACACAAUGGCCAAUUUGCACUUAUCUGUGCUCUUUCAAACGCCUAACCCUAACAUGACUACGAUCCAUUUUUGCUCCCCAUAUAUAAGAUAGGUGAAGGAACCAAAUACAAAGCCAACCAGAUCAAAA